CACCUCCGAGGCAGGGGACUCAUGUUCCGGUGCAGCGCGGCCUGCUGCGAGAACGACCAGGCCUCCAUGCAGCACGUCCACCGGUGCAUCGAGCGCUGCCACGCGCCCCUGGCCCAGGCGCAGGCCGUCGUCACCCAGGAGCUGGAGCGAUUCCAGGACCGCCUCUCCCGCUGCACCAUGUACUGCAAUGACAAAGCCAAGGACUCCUUGGACACGGGAGGCAAAGAACAGCAGGUCAAGCUGCAACUGGAAAACUGUGUGACCAAGUGUGUGGAUGAGCACGUUCACCUCAUCCCCAGUAUGAUGAAGAAGAUGAAGGAGAGCUUGGCAGGCAUUGCACAGUAGACUAUCUGGGCGUAUGGAAGGGCAGGAAAGGAUGACGAGUUAAUACUAAGAUGGGUGUGCGAAAUCUUGCUGGAAAUACAGACAAGAGCAUUUGGGUGUGUCCGCGGUGAUGUUCAGCAGCAUGUCCUGCUUCGUGGUGGCUCCUGAUCUCACGCAGGUGCUAAGGCUGCAGCUUGUCAGAAAGAGAAAGAAAUGGUUCUUUUCUUCAGGUCCCCUGGCAUUCAUGAUGUGCAUGCACAAACCCUCGCCCAACGCAACUGCCUCUCCUUACUGUGGUUCUUCUCUGAGUAUUAAUGGGGCAGGGGAAUCUGGUACAUCAGCACUUUGUUGUUUGGUGCCUCAGCAGGAUGGGUUGCUGGGAGCACAUCCUCUUCUGAAGCUGUCUGACAAAUUUGUGCUAGUGCCCUGUAGAAGCACAUUGGCCCUUCUCCGUGGUCCCCCCAGUUGUAGAUUUUAGCUGUAGAUUUUCAUUCUUCCACAUCGGAAUUUUAGUAGCUGAAAGAACAGUGCCCAGACCAAAUCAUGCACAAAUUUGCUUAGUUUAUACCUUCAGGAAAAUAAAGUUGUGAUUUUUUUCCCCCAUUGACUCAAUGGCUUCAGGCCACAAGCAUGAGUUUGUAUUCCUGAAUCCCUGCAGGUGUGGGAGAAGGACUGGAAUUGUUCUAAGUGGAACUCUUCUCCUGAAAUGCUUGUUUUCAAGCAUUUUCACCCCCCCCCCCAAUCUGCAGCCCGGGAAGAGAUACCACUUGAUAUUGUUGAGUAAACAAAAAAUGUAAGAUUUAAAAGAUCUUCAUAUAUUUAGUUUUUCCUGAAUGUUUGAACAGAACAUCAAAGCUUGGUUGUGUUACUGGGAUAUAUGACAUUCCUCUAGGAAUACUGAGGUUCCCAAACCUCCAGACCAAAAUUAUGUAAUCUAAAUCCCGUAUUGAUUUUCAGUCACAUUUUUGAAUUUGUGCCAUUUUCAGAGUCAGUUUAGCACAGAUACAUUGGGCCUGCUUCAACUAGCUUCUGAUGCUGGGUCAGCCUUCCUUUUCUUUUCAGUGCAAGUACCUUUCACAGUGGUGAGGGAGAAUUUUCUAAUGGCAUAUUGUGUGGCAGCUCAACCAGCUGAGAAGAAUCAUUUCAUGCUUUUCCUGACUGGUUAUAGGGGAUAAGUAAAAAGACCAGACAAUAGAAAAGCAGGACAUGGAUUGUAUUGUACCGAGGGAUGAAAGUGCUUCUGACUGAGUUGUUCUGCAUUCCAGAGAGUGUCUCUGGUUUUUGCCAAAAACUCCACUGCAAACCUAAAUACUGUAUGGAUUUGCAGAAACAAACAUAUUUCUGGGCAAAGAACAGAAUUAAUUGCUGACUUGUGCAGCAGGGGGUUUUUUCGCAGGUGAGAUACUCAAAUUCCAUUAUUUGGGUUGCAUGGACAAUAAGUAAAAUGGAGACCCCCCAAUCUGAGAAACAGCAAACAUUAAGCAGCAGUUAUAGUGAAUCUGAAUGUAUUUAUUCCAACAGACAAGACCUUUGGGUGCUGCAGAAAUGCCACCACAUGAAUUAACAAAGUCUCUUCCGAUUUUCCCAUCCCUUUCUUUAAACUGUGAAUUGUUUUCUAGGGGUUUAAUUAAAAUAUUUUUUAAAAAAUUAAAACUGUACCACAGGA